CUCCCUCGCUCCCGCCCGGUGGCGGCGGCCCCGGGCGCGGCUGUGGCUCCCCCUCGGCGCUGCUCCCGCCGCCGCCGCGCGUCCGCACCGGCCCCGCCAGCCCCCCCUCACCGCCAUUCCGCCCCAAAACUUUCCGUUUCCCCCAUCCCACUCUCCGGGACUUCCUUGUGCCGCCCGUGCGCGCGGAGAGGGGGGGGAGGAGGCGUGUGCGGCGGCGGCGAGGGGGGAUUCGCAGCCUCCUGGCAGGCUGGCCGGGACCCCGGGGGAAGAGGAGUUGCACCAUGCGCGGCAAGUGAGGGAAAGUCUCCGCCAGCAGCAGCGCCGCCGCCCCCCGCAGAAGUUGGGGCUCUCCCCGCCCGCGGGAGCGGGAGCUGUGCCUUUAACGCCCGCUGCGCCGCGAGGUACCUAAGGAUAAAACUGGCCUGAAGAGAAAAUCUGGGGGAAACUGGGGAGCUUGACUGUUCUUGCACCUGACCCCCUCAGCUGUCAGAUGCAGUGAUCUCCAUGGUAACUCAAACCCCCAGACUCUUGACAGCAGCCUGCGAGGAGCAGCAUUCAGCAGCUCAAGGGUCUCACGACCAGAGCGUGGAUCACACUUCUCGUAAACCUCAUCAUAUUGAGGUUGGGCUAAGAUGAGCAUAACCAGUGACGAAGUGAAUUUCUUGGUGUAUCGCUAUCUCCAGGAAUCGGGUUUCUCCCACUCGGCCUUUACCUUCGGUAUCGAGAGCCACAUCAGCCAGUCCAACAUCAACGGAACGCUAGUGCCACCUGCCGCACUCAUCUCCAUCCUCCAGAAGGGGCUCCAGUAUGUGGAGGCUGAGAUCAGCAUCAACGAAGAUGGUACAGUGUUUGAUGGCAGGCCGAUAGAGUCCCUGUCUCUGAUCGACGCGGUGAUGCCUGACGUCGUGCAGACCCGGCAGCAGGCGUUCAGAGAGAAGCUGGCGCAGCAGCAAGCCAGCGCCGCGGCAGCGGCCGCAGCCACGGCCGCCACGGCGGGAGCCACGACGACUGCUGUUUCCCAGCAGAACACACCAAAGAACGGAGAAGCCACUGUGAAUGGAGAGGAGAAUGGGGCACAUGCAAUAAAUAAUCAUUCAAAGCCAAUGGAAAUUGACGGGGAUGUUGAAAUUCCUCCUAACAAAGCAACAGUCCUUCGGGGCCAUGAAUCAGAAGUGUUCAUCUGUGCCUGGAACCCUGUCAGUGACCUGCUAGCAUCGGGAUCCGGAGACUCGACGGCCAGGAUAUGGAAUCUCAAUGAAAACAGCAACAGUGGUUCCACUCAGCUAGUUUUGAGGCACUGCAUAAGAGAAGGAGGACAUGAUGUCCCCAGCAAUAAGGAUGUGACUUCAUUGGACUGGAAUAGUGAUGGAACACUAUUAGCUACAGGCUCAUACGAUGGUUUUGCAAGAAUAUGGACAGAAGAUGGUAACCUUGCAAGCACCUUAGGUCAACAUAAAGGUCCAAUAUUUGCCCUGAAAUGGAACAAAAAGGGGAAUUAUAUUUUAAGUGCUGGUGUUGAUAAAACAACAAUAAUUUGGGAUGCUCACACGGGAGAAGCUAAACAGCAAUUUCCUUUCCAUUCAGCUCCUGCUCUGGAUGUAGACUGGCAGAACAACACUACUUUUGCCUCCUGCAGUACUGACAUGUGCAUCCAUGUAUGCAGACUUGGCUGUGAUCGUCCUGUUAAAACCUUUCAAGGACACACAAACGAGGUGAAUGCAAUCAAAUGGGACCCAUCUGGCAUGCUACUAGCAUCUUGCUCCGAUGACAUGACAUUAAAGAUAUGGAGUAUGAAACAAGAUACCUGUGUACAUGAUCUUCAGGCUCACAGCAAAGAAAUUUACACUAUCAAAUGGAGCCCUACAGGACCAGGCACCAGCAACCCAAACUCCAACAUCAUGUUAGCAAGUGCUUCGUUUGAUUCCACGGUUCGGCUGUGGGACGUUGACCGAGGAGUCUGCAUCCAUACCUUAACAAAGCAUCAAGAGCCUGUCUACAGUGUAGCUUUUAGUCCUGAUGGAAAAUACCUAGCCAGCGGGUCCUUCGACAAAUGUGUCCAUAUAUGGAAUACUCAGAGUGGAACUCUAGUACAUAGCUACAGAGGCACCGGGGGCAUCUUUGAAGUCUGCUGGAAUGCUAGAGGAGACAAAGUGGGAGCAAGUGCAUCAGAUGGAUCGGUUUGUGUUCUAGAUCUGCGGAAGUAAAAGUGAAAUGUUUUAUAAGAAAUUUCAAAUGGACCAGCAGUGAAUGUGUGGGGAGAAGCACUCUUCAAAACUAUUCUUAACAGCUCCAGAACUGUACAAACUUGAACAAAGUUAGAGUGUACCAUGAAACCGACUCUCCCUGGCCACAGGUGACUUGUAUUUUGUCCGUAACCUUCAUCAAGGAGUAUAAAAACACAGUCACUUCAGAGGGGGAGGGAAUGGUUUCCACCUGGAACAUUCAGCCUUGGAAGCAUGAAGCCACCAGCUAGGCAUUGCACUGUUUGGUUUGCAUCUGAGAACUUGCUCUGAUGGCUGGGGAAAAAAAAAGCUGUGCCAAAAAAAUUAAUAAAAAGGAAAAAAAAAAAAAAAAAAAAAAGAAAAAAAAAAGAAAAAUGCUGUGAUAAACCAAAAGGGAAAAAAAAAUCCUCCUCCAUGCGGUGUUGUAUUUUUUCCUUCCAAUUUGGACACUACAGUUGCUCUCCCAAAGGACGUUCAAAGACCAGUUUGUACUGAUGAAAUGCUCAACUUUGUAAUCACAACACUUUCUAUUUUCUAGACUACUUUUUUUGUUCAGUGGUUUUUCUAUCAGCUGGAAUAUUGCAGCCUGGAAGAUCCCAGGCUUAGGAUGAAACUUUUGUUUUCCUUUUAUUUCUCCCUUCCACUCCCAACUUUUUCCUUCCUUUUUUUUUCUCCUCUUUUCUUUUUGCCCCCAUUUUUUUUUUCUUUUCCCUGUAUGCCCAUAGUAGAUGCAGCCAGGUGGACAUGACAAUGAAAAUUUUUGACAGACUGCUUCUCCUCUCUUCUAUAUCUUCCUUUUUCUUUCUUUCUCUCCAUUUAAAAGAAAAAAGAAUCCUCCAUGCUUCAGAUCUUAGCGUCUCAAGGGCACUUUCAGCAAAUUGUGUAAUAAGUGCUUUAUAUAAGAAUGCAGUGCUGGGGAAGAUUUUUACAGGAGAAAGAUGAAUUUUAACAGAAAGAACCCAGUGUAUUUUUGGAAAAAAAAUAUUUUUUAUGUUAAACAGUUUUAAAAGCCUGAAAUGGCUACAAAAUGUAGACCAGUUGUGUAAUUCAAGCUAAAAGAAUGACACAGAGUCUAGGGAACAUGAAAGGUGCAGUAUCCUUUUUCUCUCUUCUUCUCAGAAAGUGCUGUACAGAGAAAUGGUGUUUGAUACAAGAAAUACCAGUCCUUUACUAAAGUCCUUUUCCAGCAGCCAGCCAUUUACAUAGUCUCAUUCCAUUUUUUAUGGCUGUUUGUUGAUGUAAACUUAUUCAAAGAGUUUCAGAAGCCUGAGACUAUAAAUAUAGCAUUCAUUUUCUCUAGUCUAUUUUUUUGUUUGUUUUCAGUAACCAGGACAAAAUGCUUGUGUAUCGUCUUUCCUCUAGAGAUAGUUCAGAUUUUGACAGAAUUGUGGCCUUGCUAAGGAGUGCUGUCUUCCACUAUUCAUUAUUCCAGUCAGUCAGUGGAGUUUUACCACCGACUUAAUGAGACCAGGUGAACUGAAAUACAUUGAUUGCAUCUGUCACUGUUGAAGAAUGGACUCUCUCCAAGCUCCUGUCGUCCAUGGACCACACACACCAAGAGGAAACCUCUGCCAUUGCAGCAGGUGGUGGUGCUGUCACCAUGUGUGUGCUGCAUCCUGCAGGGAAAGCUCUGGCUCUGCAUUUGGAAGCUCACUGUCUGCCCAGACAGGUUUAGCCUCAAAGGUGUCCUCAGUGUGGUGCUCAGAAGACAAUUAAUUAAUUGAUGACUUUGUCUGUAAAUUCUAUCUCAGUGUGUAAACCAUGGUAAAGUUGUGGGGGGUGAAAUGAUCAGAACAACAAUGGAGAGUUCCAAAGCACUACCUGUCCACGUUGGACAAGAUCUCCUCCCUGCAGCUGUGACACCUGCACAGAUGCCAGCUGAAGACUGCAUUGCUCUAAUUGAGGAAAUGACGAGUGUGAGGAAGGACACAUAGGCAGAGUUUACUGAAAGUGCUGUGAAGUGUGAGGCAGCCUUGGGGUGGUGUCAGACGUGACGUAGAUCCUCAGAGCUGGCUGAGUCACACAGGUGUCCUCUCUACAGCCUAGGCUAGGAUCUGUACCAGAGUGUAAACAGGCCACAGACCUCUUAACAGAUGUAGAAUCUUCCUGCUCAAAGUCACUGUAACACGGCAUCUUCCCCUCGGUUUGACCACAGCUGCUGAAGGUCUGAUUUGAUCUGACCAAAUCCACAGUCCUCAGGCUGAACUGGUGGUGUGAGACCUGCUGAGCUCCAGGGCAUCAUCAUGGAAUUUGAAUACCAUCUUUGGAAUUUUCUUCUCUCUAUACUUGCAUCUGUAGGGAUCUUAGUCCUUCUAGUGGAACUAGACACUGCCAGUUUCAGCUGCAUUUCUUUGAGAUACACCUUUGGAAAGGAGAAAAGAAUGGAAAGAAGUAACUGCUGAAAGUGUGAGUCCUGAGGUGAGAACAGUUAUGUGGGAUUUUGGUUACUAGUGAUAGUUAGGCUUGUCUGUAAUUUAUCUCAAAUAAUUGGAUGCCAGGCAGUGUCAAGGAUUAUUUUUGGUGUUAAAUGCUUUUAUAUGUUGGUUUUAGUUUUUUGCACCAAGAGCAUGGCUGUAGAUCACCAUGUGGCAGUUUUGCACUCUCUUCUGAUAACCACAUGUACCUGCUAAUUUAAAGUCACUACUUUUUUUUUAAAAAAAAAAAAAAAAGAGGAUUUGCUUAAAGAGUCUUGAACUUGAAUACAAAGGCAUCAUGUGGUUUCAUGAAGCACAGUUUGGACACUGAUUUGAUUGCAGUCAUGGCAUGUAAACGGUUAAAUUCCUACGCUGCUUUUUGGUGGCAUUUCUGAGAAUAACAAGCAGAAGUUGCUGGUCUGUGGGAGGGCAGCACUGAUGGGGCUCUGGCUUUGCCUCUGUCCCUUGAGUGACACCUGAAUAGGCCAGACCUCAGGAUUUGAGAAGAUUAAUUUGCUCAAUGCUGCGUGCCUGGCUGGCUGCACAGCCCGUGUUUCACAGUCGUUCCCAGGAUAGCUACUGUGGAUAACAGGGCAGCAUCCCUGAUGCCUGUUCCUUUUUUCCAUUUUUUUAAUUUGUCAGAACACCACUUUUCUUGCCUGCAUGGAGGUAAGAAGCCAAAAGAAACAAUAUUUGAAUAUCAAUUUAUUUGCAAAGCUCAUGUGUGAGAGAGGCUGCUGAAAGUUUUCUAUAUGGACCAUCAGAUUUAAAAAGCAGUGCAUGUGAGGAGCUAAGAAAAUUCACUUUUCUUACCUUCCACAAAAUCCUAAAUACUGGAAACUCCUGGAAGAUCCUGUAGUAGAUAGUUUUCAGCUGAAAUGAGAGCUGUUAAGGAAAGCAGGAGGUGCAAAGUAACCUCAACCUAAGGAUGUGGUUUCUUCAGGAUAUGGACAGUGGGGAGAGGGAGGCUUUUCCAGGCUGUAGUUCAAGGUGGAUGUCUCAGCCUAGACCUGCAGCACUGUGCUCCUGGGAGCUCCUGGAGGUCUCUCUCCCCUCCAGCAGCAGCACAUUCCCCAGCUGGCAGAGCCUCUCUGUGACUCCCCUGCAAUAGAGCUGCACGAAGCAAGAGCCCAGGGGACUUCAUGAGAUUUCUUCCUAGAAUUUUGUUUAUAGUUCUUUGCAACAGAAGAGAAAUGGAAAAACCUAAGUGACCAAACAGGAUUGUGAAACCAUCCAGAGACUUGCUGGAUUUUUAUUAUUGCUGGCUGUCUGGAAUUGGCCUGGAAUUGGAAAAAACCAGUUUCUGAAAAACCACUAUACUCUGUGGGUUAGAAGGAUACUGAAUCUUUUAUGUAGAAAACACUGGGUCCCUUAUGGGGCAAUAAAGGGCCUGACUUACAGGGUUAUACACACAUUAACCCCAUGCUACAUCUUAGAAAUUUCCUUUUAAUUUGUUUAAAAAAAAAAAAAAAAAAGAAAAAAAAAAAGAAAAAAAUAGCUAAUUUUAGAGCCAAGUGAAGUGCACUUUGUCAAAUGUAAGGGUCUGCUUUGUUUUUGGGUUUCUUUUUCUUUUUCCCUUUUUAAUUUUUCCUCCUUUUUUUUUCCUCUUACUGCCUUUUUAAAAGAUGUGGUUCUUUGUCAAUUGCAGAAAUGUUCUUUCAGCCACUCACUGAAAUUCUGAAUUCUGGCUUCUGCAGUUUUUAUUGUCUGUGUCAGACUUGCAGCCAGACUUGGUUCUCAUUUAAGCAUUUCCCAGGUUCUGUUGAAACAACAUCAACCCUUAUUUUGUUUCUCCCCCACCCACACUUUCUUCAAAUUCACCUUGUGUAUUGUAGCUCAUUUGUUUUAAGGAGAGAAUCAACAGAUCAUAUUCAGUGUCUUGAAUAAAUUGCUAUAUUUUGAUAUUAGAGAA